AUGGCCACAUCACGAUUCACGAGUUUGCCAACGUUACGGCGACAGAACCUUUUUGCCGAGUUCUCCGGCCUCAAACAAGCAUGUCCAGAGGGUGUGUUCAUGACGCUGACGCCCGGCGACCCGUCUCUGUGGUCCGGCGUCAUCUUUGUCCGUGACGGCCCGUAUGCGCCCGCUGUUCUGCGUUUCCAGAUCUCCUUUCCCGACUCGUACCCGAGCCUCCCACCGCUCGUGACGUUCGCCACCGACAUCUUCCACCCGCUCAUCACCCCCCUCACAACAUACACCUACACAACCGACAUUCAAGACAACGGGACCGUCAGCGCCACGGACGAAGAGCGUCUGCCGCCGGGCGGUUUCAGUCUGCGUCAUGGGUUUCCUGCCUGGUUCGGCCGCGGCAACCGCAACAAGCGUCUCAGCGGCCAGCAACAACUUCCGUCCCAGGCGCAGUCCCAGAGUCAGAGUCAGGGGCAACCGAUAUCCUCACCCUCGUCGUCUCCGCUGCGACCACAGACGCCGCCGCGUUCUACGGCGCCCACGGGCAGUGCCCAGAACACACCCACACCGUCGUCGACCGUGUCAGGUGUCUCGCCCUCGGGCGGCACUCGGCGCGGCCAAAGCCAGCGGUCUUCAUUUACACCAACAAGCACGACCCCCUCGUACCUCCUGACGGAGCCGCCGGCCGGCCCCACCGUGUCCACCUACGACGUCCUGCAGUACAUCCGCAGCACCUUUGACGAUGCCGAUGUCCUCGAUGCCAUCCCGCUCGAGGCCGCCGGCAACCCAGGCGCCUGGAAUGCGUGGCGGACGCACCGGCACCAGACACAGAAGGAAACGGCCAACCGUGACGCAGCCGGCUCUCACGCGGCCGCUGCUCAAACACCACUGCCGCCGCCUCCACCUCCACCGCCCCAGAAACCUGGCGAGUGGAACUGGGAGCACGUCUGGGAAGAGCGAGUCAAGAAGGGCAUCAGUACGAGCCUCUCGGAGCCGGUUCUUUUUGGCAGUGCGGGUGCUGCCGAUGAUGUGAUCCGCUUCCUGUCCAUGGAUGACAGUGAAAUUGAGGCCGUCAAGGAUAACCUGAAACGGACGCUGGGCGCCGAGGUGUCAUGA